UUAUUUGAAAAUUUUAUUUUAUUUUUUUACGCCUAUUAUUUAAUUUCUUAUUUUGUUUUUAACUUAGAUCAUAUAAUACAUUAAAUCUAUUCUGUUCUUUUAUGUCUCACGUGUGUGUUUUGUAUUUUAUAAGACUGAAUCGUCCAAAAAGCAUGUGACAUAUAACAAUUUUCUAAAUCAUCUAAUACAUUCAAUCUACAUUAAUAAGCAUACGCCAUUUUGUGUACAUUGAAAGUUAUUAUUAUGGCGAUCAAUGAUUUUACAAUAGCUGUGGUUUGUUCAAGCAAUAUGAAUCGAAGUAUGGAAGCACAUGCUUUUUUAAGUAAAAAAGGUUUUAAUGUUCGAUCAUUUGGAACUGGAGACAAGGUGAAGUUGCCCGGAACAGCACCGGAUAAACCAAAUAUAUAUGAUUUUGGAUGUUCUUAUGAUGACAUUUAUAGAGAUCUGUACAAUAAAGACAAAACAUUUUAUACGCAAAAUGGUUUGUUAAAUAUGUUGGAUAGAAAUAGGCGGAUUAAACAACAUCCAGAAAGAUUUCAACAAUGCAACGAACAAUUUACUGUAGUCAUUACGUGUGAAGAGAGAGUAUAUGAUCAAGUACUUGAGUAUUUUGAAACUAUUCAAAGUUUUGGCAAUAAGCCAGUACAUGUUAUCAACAUAAACAUUCAAGACAACCAUGAAGAAGCAACAAUUGGAGCAUUUUUAAUUUGUGAAUUUGUUAAUUUGUUGUCCAGAAGUGAAGAUCUUGACAAUGAUAUUGAUCAAUUAGUUGUUAAGUAUGAAGAAAAAUGUCAAAGGUCACUACUCAACUGUGUACUUUUUUAUUAAAUAUUUAAGUAAUAAAAUAAAAUAAAAUUGUGAAUAUAAUUUAUAAUUCUAAGUGGUGGAAAUAUUUGAAUCAAUAGUAGUGUAGUAUAUUAUGUCAUAUUGCGAAAAAAAGACAUAAAUUGUAAUGUAUACUAUACUUUCUUUUAUCGAUAAAACGAUGACUCGGAGCCCAUUGAACUCCUUUAAUUAAAUUUUUUAAAUUUAUUAAU